CUUCACUCUGACUCACUCCUCGACAGAGUUACAGAGAGAGAGAGGGCAGAGGGCCAUAGAGGCCCACAGAGUUACGGCAGUGAAGUCGUCGAAUGGCGUUAAAAAAGACAAAAAAGCGCGGAAGAGCUUCUGUGCCGAUGCCGUCGGUGGUUUAUUUCUUGAGUUCGUAGAUCGGUGGUGCGGAGUGUGUUCUUAUUGAAAGAGAUUUUUCUAGUCAAGAUCCUCUUCACUUUCCAUAGGAGAGAGAGAUAGAGAGAGAGAUGGCUGUGAAUCAGCAGCGCCUGUGUAGCCCCGGUGUGUUUAAGGCGGGUUUGACUGUAAUGGCUAUGUGCUUGGCCGGAUACAUUGUAGGUCCGCCACUGUAUUGGCACUUCACCGAAGGCUUGGCCGCUGUUAGCCACACCUCUUCUUCUUCUUCUUCUUCCGUUUCUUGCCCUCCUUGCGAUUGCGAUUGCGCUUCUCAGUCCCUUCUCUCCUUGCCCGAAGGAUUGAGCAACUCCUCAUUUACAGAUUGUGCAAAGCAUGAUCCAGAGGUCAGUGAAGACAUGGAGAAGAACUUUGCUGAGCUAUUGUCAGAGGAAUUGAAGCUGCGGGAAGCUGAAGCUUUGGAAAACCAACGGCGUGCAGACAUGGCAUUGCUUGAGGCUAAGAAGAUAGCAUCUCAGUAUCAAAAGGAGGCAGAUAAGUGCAACUCAGGGAUGGAAACCUGUGAAGAGGCAAGGGAAAAGGCUGAAGCAGCAUUAGCAGCGCAGAAAAAAAUGACUACAAUGUGGGAGCUUAGAGCAAGACAAAAAGGGUGGAAGGAAGAGGGUACAAAAUUUCAUGCCGAGUCUUGAGUAGAUGUCAAGGCAAUGGAAUAGCUCUUCAAUGGAAACAUACCAAGAUGCUCUCAAACUUGUUCAUCCACAGUCUAUUAUUGAUAGUUUACGACAAAAUUCUUGUUGCACAUCAAUGGUGAUGAUUUGUUGGGGACUAACAUGGAAGAGGUUCGGCUCUACUGUGUUUGAUUUGAUGAAAUGAAUCUGAUAAAUUGGUUCAAUCUUAGUGCUAUUUCCAGUUGGCAUAAAGUUACUUGGCUUCUGGAAAGCAGCUUAUAUAGUUAUAUGUAAGAGCUGAGGCUCCUAAAUUCUUUACCGCAUUUCCUAGUUUUAGCUUACAAGUAAUUUUAUUUUUUUAAGCUGUGUAGUUGUCAUUCAAAGGUGCCGACUUGGCCAAAUUGAAAACAAAAUACGAGAUUUCUUUAUUGAGACUAUGAAUAUAAUCACUCUUUUCCCA